UGCGAACAUCUGCGGUGACGUGUGGUGUCAGUAGUUUUUUGCGCGAGGCGCAGAUGUUGGCGGUCUGAAUAGAGACAGGAAAAAACUUGGCUGGGGUCGGCGGUUCAAUCUGAAGCACUUGACGUGGCAUUAAAGGCAACAUUUCUGCUGAAAUGGCAAGCUGUGGAGACAUCCAAGUGAAGGAGCUGAACAAGCGUGCUUCAGGUCAGGCUUUUGAGGUCAUCCUGAGCCCCUCAACCCCAGAUGUCAAGGGGGAAUUUCCACUGUCCCCUCUUAAAAAAAAGGGAACAUCACUGGAUGAGAUUAAGAGGAAACUUGAAGCUGCAGAAGACAGACGCAAGAGCCAAGAAGCUGAACUGCUGAAACAUUUUGCUGAGAAACGAGAACACGAGAAGGAAGUCAUCCAGAAGGCCAUAGAGGAAAACUGCAACUUUAGCAAGAUGGCGCAAGAGAAACUCAGCCAGAAGAUGGAGGCAAACGAGGAGAACCGCACUGCACGGAUGGCAGCUCUCAAUGAGAAGUUCAAGGAGAAGGACAAGAAGCUUGAAGAAGUCAGGAAGAACAAGGAGGCGAUUAGAGAAAGUGAAAGUUAAUUUGUUUAUGACCUGGAAAACUGUCCUUACAUCUCCAAAGAUAAGCUCUAUUUUUUUUAACUGACACUUCCACGUUAUUCAUUGUUGUGUUAAAUCUAAUUAUGCUGUUUAAUCAAAUUUGGUUAUACUGUUAAGAUUUGGUGUGGAUAUUGUCUGUUCUUCACUUGCAGAUUUCUCUUUGGCAGCUGAUUACACAUUGUUUUGUGGUAUUUCUCCAUUAGUGGGCAUUCCAUUUCAGUAAAUUGGUCCUGUAUUGCGUCAUACUGUUGAAAUGCAGAAAGAAUACUAUUCUGAACUGUUGGUAAUGUUGUAAGUUUUAAUGCACUGAUGAGACCAAGAUUCUACCAUUAAAGUUUGUAUCCACAAUUGAA